AUGGCAUUUAAUAUUGAGAUUCUAUUGAAACGAAAUUUUCUGCUGAAAUUCUUUUUAUUGGACAGUGGCUUCAUACCAAAAGGAAAUUAUGAACUGAACCUGCCAAAUAAGAAUUACAUGACUUUUGAGAAUAUCAACUAUUUUUAUUCCCACGAAAACCUUGGAAACCCGGAAAAUGCUGUUAGCUUGGUGACGGAUUUUGGAAAAGCUCAAAUUGACAUACAAGAAUUUUUAUUUUUGACUGCUCUUCUCUAUUGGGAUUACGGUAUACAAGGUCAAUCUCAGGAAAAUGUGAAUACCUGCAAGAUAAUGAGAAGCAGAAUAAUGAAGGAAUUAUCUGAAUACGAGAUGAAAAAAGAAACUCAAAUGGAUUCAUCCCUACGAGUUGGAGAAGUUCUUCUGUUGUUGAACACAAUCCAAAGGGCAAUAUACCUGAUUGAAGAAAGCAGAGAUAUUUCCAUUGUCUAUAAUAUUUAUGGUUUGCAUUAUUCAAUGUAUGAUAUUAUGUCCGUAUGA